CUUGCAAUUUGUCAAAAAAAUAGUAGAAAAAGAGAAAGGUGAGAAAAGUAAAGUGCGUGGUGUGUUGAUGUGUAUUAUUUUGGUUUUCAUGGAAAAGGUUGACAAAAAAUACCGGUUGUUUUUCUGCAGAUGUCUCCUCUGUAGUGCUCAUUUACCAUUUUGAUUUUGUCACAUCGUUCGAUCCAUGGAUUAUUUCUGUGUUUUGAAGGUUCCUACGGGCACUUCAUUCUGCUGCCGGUAAACAUUAUGGGGGAAAUCUAAUAUCUUUUAGAAAUUGCUUGCAUUAGUCCGGUGGUUGAGGGUUUUGUGAAUCACAGAUUCGAAUUAAAUAUAAGAUUGAAUCACUAUUAGUUAAUUUUGUCCAUUUCCUAUGAUAUUGCUUAAAUAUCAAUCAUGAGUGAAACACAUUCGCUUUUAUCUGAAAAUUUUGAAGAAACGGAAAUGACAGAGUCUAUUCCUAGUAUAUUGAAUCCAUUGCUAGAGCUGGAGCCGAUGAAAGAUGACAUCAUUUCUGCAACUGCAACUGCAGCAAGUGAGAACCAACAAAAUUCCAAAGAAGACUUACCAUCUGAAGCAAAUUUGUUCGAUUUGCCAGUUGUUAAAUCAGUGUCUUCUUUGAAUAAUUCUGAGAACCAAUCAGAGGCAAACCACAUUCAGAGCUCAUCUGAUUUGCUCCAACACCCAAGUUUAGAGCAGGAUAUUCAAAUGGAUACUUCAUGUGAAAGUUCUCCAAAUAAUGAUCAACCUCAAACCUCUGACCCGAAAGUCCAUAUUGAAGGAACAUGUAAAAACAUUGAGUCUGCCAAAGACGAAAGUUUGGAUUCUAUGUUACCUUGUCGUUUGUGUUCUGUUCCUUAUCAGGGCUCUUCGUUAGUAUUUUUGUUUCGUCAUCCUCCUCACCAUCCAGAAGUUUUGCCUAAAAGCAUGCAUGGUACUCAACGAGAUGAACCAUUUGAUGAUGUUCUCUCCAUGAUAAAAGCAACUUUACCUGUAAAAGUGAGCUGCUGUGAUAAAUUGCCAAAACAAGUCUGCACAGUGUGUAUUGAAAGAUUACGCCUCUCUUAUGAAUUUAGAUGUACAGUACUGAAAGCCGAAUGCCAACUGAACUCUUUACGAGCUCAGCAUAAAUCAAAUGAUGUAACUGAGGCAAACUUGUCACAUCGUACAUUAUCAACAUAUGAGUGUCCAGAGUGCAAGGAAACGCCUAGACAAAGUGACUCAUCUGCAUCUCUGAUAGGUGGUAGCUAUGCUUGGGAGAGUAUUGUAAUAAAGGAUGAGCCAGAGGAUCCUAUUGAGCCCUCUCAUGAAGAAUUAGAGAAAUCAUACAACGAAUUCUUUGGUGGGCACAAGGAAGUGCAGACCUUUAGAACUGAAGAGCGAAUAACAUUGAAGCCUUCAAAGCCAAUGGGUCUAGGAGGCAGGAGGCCUAGAGGCAGACCAAGGAGCAGACCUUUGAAAGUUACACCAAGAGGAAGAAGAGGAAGACGUAGCACUCAAACAACUGUUGAAAGAAUCCUUGAGCUAAGUGGCGCAUCACAUGAUAAUGAAGAUUAUGGUUUCAGGUUGCGUAGUAGGGCAAAUAAUCCAGCUUCUGAAGCUCUCACUCAAUGCUUGCUCUGUGACCGAUGGUUACCUGGCUCUGCAGCUUGUCUUCAGCAUUCACUUGCUGACCAUAUGGACUGUGGAUCUUUCCUAUGUCCGCGCUGCCCCCGAGACGAUUUUCCGGGUGAUUUUGAACUCAUCCAGCAUUAUCAGGAGUCGCAUUGUCCUGAUCUUGAACUGUAUGAAGUAUUUCAGCCAGAAAGAAAUAAUGUGUGUCAUAUUGAAAACUCUGAACAAGAUACAUUUAAUAUGCAUCUUGAAGUUGAGCCCCAAUCAGAUCAUGUCAUCUCCAACUCAUCUGUUGUGCAAGAAAAGGAGACAGGCACAACUAAUAAUUCGGUUUGGCCUGUUGAAGCUAUGGAUUAUGAAAAUUUAAAUAACACUCCUCCAAAUGAGCUCUAUGAGAGUCAGGAUGAGGUGUCUUCUAAUCUCUCAGAAUUAGCUCCAAGGUCUUUGACAUCUCAUUCAGCUCUCUAUGAAGAGGAAUCGAAUUCUAUAUCAACUCAUGGGUCUGACUCAAACUUGGUAGCUGAAGACAUUUUAACUGGUCAUAUGUCAGCAAGUCAUGUAUUGCAUGAUAAACUUAUGGGUGAAGCUUCAAGUUUGGUGGAUGAAGUGUCAUUUAGUAGCUCACCAUGCACCUUGGCAGUUGGAGAUUUCACUAGUGAUCUGAGGGCAAUGGAGGAAGAAAGUCAAGAUAAUAGUAAAAUAACAGAUAAAUCUACUUAUUGUAGUUCCAAUAACACUAGCAGUGAUAAUGUUAAAAAUGGUGAUCACCAGGGAAGCGAGUUUAAAGCACUCCAAGAUGACAGUCAAGAAAGCCAGGAUUCUCUUCGAGCAGAUGAACUUUGUGGCUUUCAGGAGGCCAUAAAUGAGAAAAGCCAAGAAGUUAGUUUUAAUGGAAGCACUCUCCAUUUUAAUGCUGACAUGGUUUCAUCUGGAGGUGAGGGGGAACCAAAUGUCAUCUAGACUUGUAAUUUUAAAUGUAGUGAAACCUACGUAUAACAGUUUUAAGGGGAGCGUCCCAAAAAUUCAUUACAAACCAGAAUCUGUAAUGAGAGGGAAUUUACCAUUAAAGUAAUAACCAGGGGACUGGUGGAAAAUCCAUUGCGGGCCCGUUAUAAGUGGGUUUCAUAAUGUUAUUUAUCAAAAAGCUAGAUACUGUGUGUAGGAAUGUACUCAGCUUGUAAAUUUCUCACUCUUUGUGCUAGAUAACCAUGUUAUGGUGUAUGCUGAAUUUUAAUUUUUUUAGCUAUUCUGAUAAUUGGGACAGUAGUCUUCAUUCUCAAAAAUACAAAUUUGAAGUGCGAUAUGUAUGGUUUUAUUGCUGUUCAUUUAGGCUUCUGGUAAAAGUGUAUUUACAUACAGCCAUCAGUAUUGUAUGUAGUUUUAGUACUUUUAAAAUAUUUCACAAUGAGGAAUCUCAUUCAUUUUGUUUCCAAUGAACCAUCUUUUUAUUUUUGAUGGUGAUGGUUUCUUGUUGCCAUUCAUAAAUUUAUGAACUUCAGUAUGAUACAGUACUUGGAAUGUAAGUAGACCUCUACCUCAUUUCAUUUCACUUUUGUGAAGCUGAAAUUGUGUAAAUAUAGUUUUAAGAAUAUAGACAUGGGCUUUUCCUGUCAUCUAUCAAUCAUCACAUGUGUCCUGGAGGGCAGGAAAAUUAUGAAUACCAAUCAUGUUGUCAAUAUUUCUUAUUAGGAGUCUGCUUAAAUAUUCUCAACACACAUUACCAGUUGAAUCAAAUGUUCAUGUUUUAUGUCCAUCGAAUUUAUUUGGAAAGAACUAUUGAAGGAGUUUAACAUUGUGUAUUCAUUGUGUCUGUUCAGUAUUUUUUCUUUAUUUGUUAUUUGUUGUUUUUUUUUUCCUUCAAAAAUUUAGAGUCUUACUUAAGGGUAUCAUAUUAGAUAGUAACUACACUAAGCUGUUCAUCAAUGCUAGGUAAAGUAAAAAAAAAAAUGUCUUUAGCCAACAUUGAUAAUUGAUGAGCCCAUUCAUAAACAGGAAUAAAUAUAAAUGGAAUGAAAUUAAUACUCUUCUCUCAGAUUAAAAGAAAAACGAAAAAACAAUAUGAAUUCCUCUGAAACAUCUAUAACAACUUUUAUUAUGAAAUUUUGUUUUACAACAUCAAAGUUCUUUAUCACAACUUUGAAGGCAACUCCUAAAUCAAUUGUAUGGUACGUCAUUCAUUAAAACAAGUUAAAAAAUUCCUUAACA